UCAUUUACUAAGAAGUCACUUCUGUUUCUGUCUUCACAAAGGCAUAAUGGCAGAAGGUAACUUAUUAGCUUUUCAGGAUUCAAUUACCUGCUCGAUAUGUCUGGAUACCUUGAGGGACCCCGUCUCCAUUCUGUGUGGACACAAUUAUUGUAAGGAGUGCCUUAGUGACUUCUGGGAUCAGACAGAAAACUGCAUCUGCCCUAAGUGCAGGGAAACCUUCAAUCCAAGGCCUGUUCUGAAGAAAAACACCCAGAUGGAUGACAUUAUAGAAAAAUUAAGGAAUCAGUGGAUUGAAUCGCCUGCACACGUUCCCCUCUGUGAGGAUCAUAUUCAAGCUCCUGAAAAGAAUCACAACCCUAUCCCUCCAGCUCCAGUUGGAAACCAACAGAUGAAUCUUUGCAACCAGAUUAAGAAAACUUUGGGAUCUUCCUGCAGAUCUGACCAGGUAUCCAUCUGCUCUGGUGGGCUGAAAGGCUGUGAGAUAGAAGCGCCUGAGACUGAAAGAGCUGAGAAACAGCUUCAGAUGGAGAAGAGCCUGACAGAAAUCCAGAAGAGAAUUGAAGAGAGUGAGAGGAAGCUGAAGGAAAUGAGACAGACUGUCAACUUGAUUAAGAUAUCUGCAGAAAUGGAAGUUCAGGAAAACGCGAAGGUCUUCAAUGACUUGAUUCAUUCCAUUGAGGAAACCCUCAAGAAAGAGACAGAGCGGAUUAAGGCGCAAGAAAAAAUCAAAGUGGAAGAAGCUGAAGGAGUCAUGGAGAAACUGGAGAAGGAGAUCGAAGAGCUGAAAAGGAGAAACGCUGAGAUGACUGAGCUUCUACAGACUGGUGACCACAUCCACUUCCUGCAGACUUUCUCGUCGCAUGGUUUCCCUCCUGAAGAAGACAUCCCGGUCACCACAAAAUUCUCUUCAGAGAACCUAAGGAAGAAAUUGAAUCAUCUAAAAAAGCAAGUGGACAAAAUCAACAUGGUGGAGACACAGAAAAUCACUAUCACUGAAGUAAAUAAAGCUCAACUGUCCAUCCUGCAAUCGCCCACUCCUGUGAGCAGAGAGGAGUUUCUGCAGUACUCCUGUCACCUAACAUUGAACCCCAACACUGCCAACAAACGCUUGCAUCUGUUUGAAGAGAACAAGAAGGUAGUAUGGAUGAGGAAGAAUAAUUUAUUUUCAGAUCACCCGGACAGAUUUGACUCAUUUGAACAAGUUCUCUGCAGAGAGGGCCUAUCCGGGGGCCGCUUCUACUGGGAAGUGAUAUGGAAUGGAAGAGAAGCAGAGAUUGGAGUCACGUAUAAAGGAAUAAGCAGGAAAGGAGAUGGUGACAAGUGUCUUCUCGGGUACAACAACAAGUCCUGGUGUUUGUUCUGUUACAAUUACACCUACUGUGUGCAACACAAGGACGAAAGAAUUAAAAUUACAUCCCCCCGUUGUUCCAGGAUAGGCGUCUAUCUCGACUAUCCCGCUGGCUUGCUCUCAUUUUAUAGCAUCUCGGACACACUCACCCUCCUGCACAGCUUUCAGACAACCUUCACCGAGCCACUCUACCCAGGGUUCGGUCUUUAUUUUGUCGAUUCUAGCGUGACCAUCUGCUCACUCACCCCACAGAACACCCAUGAUGUGAAAAAUAAAAAACGGAAAUGUAGUGAAAGCAUAAAUUUUGAUUCACUUUCACUUUCACUUCUCCAGACUGACUCCUACACAAUGGCCGAAGCAGCCAUGCUCAAAUUACAGGAUCUGAUUACCUGCUCGCUAUGUCAGGAGACCCUGCAGGACCCCGUCCUUAUCCCCUGUGGACAUAACUUCUGUAAGGGGUGUAUCACUGCUUACUGGCCUCAGGCAGGUGUCUGCAGCUGCCCGCGGUGCAGGGAGGACUACAGCACAAGGCCCAGUAUGUCUCACAACACUGUGCUGGCUGAAGUAAUCCAGACAUUACAGAAACCAGAAGCAGAUUUCAAUAAUUCUCAGAAGGAAACUAGGCCGGGGAACAUUGGCUGUGAUGCCUGCACAGGGAAGAAGCACCAAGCUGUGAAGUCCUGCCUGACAUGCCUGGCCUCCUUCUGUGAGGAGCACAUCCAGCCCCACUAUCGAGUUCCUACUUGGCAGGCUCAUCGGCUGAUUGACCCAAAUGAAAAUCUGGCACAGAAACUCUGCACCGAGCAUCAUAAAAAUUUGGACUUUUUUUGCAGAACAGAUGAGAAGUGUAUCUGUGUUCAGUGUGCGCUGAUUGGACAUGGCCGGCAUGAAGUGGUGGAGCCAGAGAAGGAAAGGAAGGUAAAACAGACCCAACUUGCAAUGAGAAUAAGAAAAAAUCAGAAGAGUAUUGAAGAGAAGCAGAACACAGUGGAUGAGCUCAGACAUGCUGUGUUGGCAAUUAAUAGAUCAGCAGAUAAGGAGGUGAGAGAAAAUGAGAAAUGUUUCACUGAUCUGAUCCUCGCUGUUGAGGAAGCCUGCAAGAAAGUGACAGAGCAAAUCAGAGAACGAGAGAAGAGAGAUGUGGAGAAGGCUGAAAGGCUCAUAGAGCGACUGGAGAAAGAGAUUGAGGAGCUGAAGAAGAGAGACAUUGCACUGGCUGAGCUUUCAGAGACAGAUGACCACAUUCUGUUUCUCCAGACUUUUUCAUCUCUUUGUGCCACUCCUGAAGAUGGAGAGUCUCUCAGCAUUGUAGCUAUUAUGGAAUUCUCUUCUGAAAACCUGAGGAAGGAAUUGUCCGAUCUCAAGAAACGUCUGGACAAGAUGAACCAGUGGGAUUUUGAGAAAUACAUUUGGACAGUCAGUCAAUCGUCAGUAUACUUGUUGGAGUCACCGAUGGCUGAAAGCAGAGAUAAUUUCUUGCAGUAUGCUUGUGAUCUCACACUGGACCCCAACACAGCAAAUAAAAACCUCUGUUUGUCAGAUGGGAACAAGAAGGUGACGGCAUGGCAAGACAUGCAUUUCCAUCUUAAUCACCCUGACAGAUUUGACCUUUAUGAACAAGUCCUCUGCAGAGAGAGUCUAUCUGGAACUCGUUGCUACUGGGAAGUGGAGUGGAAUCGAGGAGCAGAUAUUGCAGUUGCAUAUAAAGGGAUUGGCAGGAAAGGAGUAGACAAGGAGUGUCUCCUCGGAUGCAAUGACAUAUCCUGGAGCUUGUUUUGCUCAGAUGGCUGCUUUGCCGUAUGGCACAACAGUAGGAAGAUUGAAAUAAGUGCCCCGCACUGUCUAAGAAUAGGGGUGUAUCUGGACUAUCCUGCUGGACUGCUCUCAUUUUAUAGUGUCUCAGACACAAUGACCCUCCUGCACAGAUUCCAGACCACUUUCACUGAGCCACUCUGUCCAGGGUUUAGUCUUUAUUAUCCGGAUUCCAGUGUAACAAUCUGCAAACUCUCCUCACCUUCCCUAUAAGGAAUAGUCCACCCAAAACUGAUAUUCUAACCCCAUAUAGUUUGUACUGAUGGUCGAGAAAAAUGUUUAAUUUCAUGUUUCCAUACUGAAUGGAGAUAACAAAGUUUGUGAUAGAAUGAGCAUUGAUAGGAGCAAGUGCUGGGCAAUAUAAAAUGGUGCUUAUAUCACAUAUGAGGGG